GUGCCUGAGCGACUUCCGAAAUCUGGAGGCUCCGGUUGUGGAGAAAACCCGGAGCCAGGAGCGGGCGGACUGCGAGCGACGGCAGCGGCAGCAGGACAGCGGCUGGCAGCUGGUGAUGGAGAGACCCAACUUCCGGCUCUGGCGCAGACCCAUUCCGGGCAGUCACCUGUACCAGUACCGAGUGUUCGGGACGUACAUGGAUGUCACCCCACGGCAGUUCUUCAAUGUGCAGUAUCCCUUUUACUCGAGAGACUAUCUGUACAUCCGACGGUACCAGGUGGACCAGAAACACAAUCUGAUGGUGUUGGUGUCAAGGGCCAUCGAGCACCCAGAUGUCCCAGAGAGCCCCAGCUACGUGCGGGUGACCGCUUACCAGUCGCAGAUGGUGAUCAAGCCCCACCGGUCGUUCGACGAGAACGGCUUUGACUACCUGCUCACCUACAGCGACGACCCCCAGACAGUGUUCCCUCGCUAUUGCGUCAGUUGGAUGGUGUCCAGCGGCAUGCCCGACUUCCUGGAGAAACUGCACACAGCCGCCGUCCGGGCGAGGAACAUGGAAAUCAAGGUGAAAGACUACAUCAGCGGCCGGACCCCCGAGAGCCCAGACUCCAAGCAACUGACGAACACUGACAGGCAGGAGAAAAACUGCAGCUCCCAGCAGAUGGACUACGCCUAGGGGUUCCUGCCUCCACUGUGGGGGAGGGGGGGUGCUGGAUGCCUGGGGAGAGGGGAGGGGAGGGGGGGUGGAGGUGAAGAGGUGGGGAAGGGUUCCAAGGGUCAGAGCCCGCCCCUCCAGGAUUUUACAGGGCUGCCUCCCGGGGGAGAAUUGCACCUGUGUUUCUGGGAAAGGCCAUCAGGAGGCGCCAGCCAGCUGGAGGGGUUGGGGGGGUGGUGUGGGUGAAGGCUGCCAAGAGUCGCGUUUGUCCACAAAGCUUGAAGAAUUAAAGCUAAAAACAACACCCACCUCUCUCCGCACUAACCGGCGCGCUGCUUCUGUCAUCGACGAGUCCAGCCGAGAUCCCAGGUUGAGUCCGCGGUCGGCAAACUUGAAUUUUUCCGGAAUUGUCUCCGAGUGGGUUUGAGGGGGACGGGUGUGGCAAGAGUGAAGCACUUCAUUGCAAUGUGAAGUUUUUGCGUUUUUAUUUCGUACACGCAGCAUCCUUCUCUCUCUCUCUGUCUCUCUCUUUCCUCUGUCUCUCUCUCUCUCUCUUCCUCUCU